AUGGACUCUCUUUUUGCUCUAUUUGAUUAGUUCAUAAGAAUCAAUUUGAUAUAUUAUCCAUAAAAUUAAUAAGCAUACAUCUCAGAAAGUUGGGAAUAAUUUUUAAGUUUAUUAUAAACUUAACCUCUUGAUUAUGGGAAAAUUUAUACCUUAAUAAAUAGAAUGACUUAUGAAAAUUUAACACCAACAAAAAAUGAAAGAUAAAGUUCUAGUUUAAGAUAAGUAGCCAGAAAUAUCACUGCUGCUUCUUCGCCUAGAAUAGUUUCAUCAUCUGUGUCAAAGAACAGUAUUGAAAUUGAUAAUUUAAAUUUAAGGCACCAACAUUUUGCAAAAGAUUUCACAAAUAGACAAUAUAGCCAGUCCUAAAAUUACAGUCUCCCAUCUUACUAGUUAACAAUCAUUGAUUAAUAAAACAUCAUAGUAAUAAAGUGGCAAAUAACAAGUACUUUUUAUGUUAAUAUAGUAAUUGGCAGAAGAAUUUAAUAAGCAUUUAUUAUUGAGUAAAAUAAAGGAAUUAUAAUUUAAUUAUUCAGUUUCUACAGAUAAGCUCUACGCAAUUGCCAAAAUCCUUUAAUAAAAGGAAGGUAAUUCUGCAACAACAAAAUCACCCAUUAAAUAUCCAUUAACACAGCACUUAAACAAAUCAAGGGGAAAUAAUCAUAGUGCAGAGCAUUAUAAAAUUGCUGCUUGA